CGAUCUGUUCCAACCGCUCCUCAUAAAACGGCAUUCUCCUCUUCUCGCCCAACACCACAGAAACCUGAAACAAAUCACUAUCUCUCUGGUUCUGCGUGAUAGCCGCGUUCUCCGUCUUCUUCUACCGUCCUCCACCCUUCCCGAUACUGUAUUUAUUCUGUUUUACAACCCAUUUUCAGUUCGGGCUUGUUCCCCUAAUCGGGUCUUGGAACUCAAACACAAAUCUAAGCACAUCCUCACCCUUUUUCCUUUCCUUCCCCCGCAUGCAACCAUGAAGAUUUUCAACCCAUCCAAAUCUUUUCUCCAGAACGUGGUGUGUCCAUUCGACACCCUCUUCAUCAUAAGGGUCAAGCCCUUCGAUCUGGGUCUCUCCCACCUCCACCAAUUCCAAUUCAAAGCCUACAAUUGAAAACCCCCUAGAGAAGGUAGAAACCAAAACCACUCACAGCGUUAGGGUAAAACUGGUUCGGUCAACAAUCCCUGCCGCCGAGAUGGAUCGCAGAUCCAAUGGCACCGGUGGCAGCAGGAACAUCCUGUUCAACAAGUACGAGAUAGGGAAGCUGCUGGGGCAGGGGAACUUCGCCAAAGUGUACCACGGGAGAAACCUCAGCACAAACGACAGCGUGGCCAUCAAGGUCAUAAAAAAAGAGAAGCUUCAGAAGGAUAAGCUGGUGAAACAGAUAAAGCGCGAGGUCUCCGUCAUGCGCUUGGUUCGUCACCCCCACAUCGUGGAACUCAGAGAGGUUAUGGCCAACAAAGCCAAGAUCUUCUUGGUCGUUGAUUACGUCAAGGGAGGAGAACUCUUCGCCAAGGUGGCCAAAGGAAAGAUGAAGGAAGAAAUCGCCCGGAAAUACUUUCAACAGCUGAUCAGCGCCGUCGACUUCUGCCACAGUCGUGGCGUCACCCACCGUGAUUUGAAGCCGGAGAAUCUGCUCCUCGACGAGAACGAAGACCUGAAAGUAUCAGACUUUGGCUUGUCUGCGCUGCCUGACCAGCGCAGAUCUGACGGGAUGCUCGUGACGCCGUGCGGCACGCCGGCCUACGUGGCGCCGGAGGUUCUGAAGAAGAAGGGCUACGAUGGGUCGAAGGCUGAUAUAUGGUCUUGUGGGGUGAUCCUCUUCGCGCUUCUUUCUGGGUAUUUGCCCUUUCAGGGUGAGAAUGUGAUGAGGAUUUACAGCAAGUCUUUCAAAGCCGAUUAUGCAUUCCCGGAAUGGAUUUCUCCCGGGGCCAGAAGCUUGAUCUCUAAUUUGCUGGUCGUGGACCCAGAGAAGAGGUAUUCCAUUCCUGACAUCAUGAAGGAUCCUUGGUUCCAAGUUGGGUUCAUGCGCCCCAUUGCGUUUUCCAUGAAGGAGACGGCUGUGGAUGAUAACAUCGACUUCAACGGGGACGAUGCCGGUGGCAGUGGAAACGUUAGCGGCAGCGAAGAUAAUAACAGCACCAGCAGCACCAGCAGCAGCAGCAACAACCAUUCUGGGGAACUGAUCGGAGCCAAGCCGGCUCGUCCGUCUUACAAUGCUUUCGAGAUAAUAUCCUCGCUGUCGCACGGGUUUGAUCUGAGUAAUCUGUUUGAGACGAGGAAGCGAUCGCCGUCGAUGUUCAUAUCGAAGCACUCGGCGUCGUCGGUGAUGGCGAAGCUGGAGGCGGUGGCGAAGAAGCUGAACUUUAGGGUGACGGGGAAGAAGCAGUUCACGGUGAGAAUGCAGGGAGCGACGGAAGGGAGGAAGGGGAAGCUGGGGAUGACGGUAGAGGUGUUCGAGGUGGCGCCGGAGGUGGCGGUGGUGGAGUUUUCGAAGUCUGCCGGAGACACGCUUGAAUACAUAAAGCUGUGCGAGGAAGAAGUGAGGCCUUCGCUGAAAGACAUCGUGUGGAGUUGGCAAGGGGACAGCAAUUCCCGCCAGUGAAUAUUAUUAUUUAUUAUUAUUAUUAUUACGUUUGCGCAUUCCCUUGGAAAGACGAGAACCAAAAUAGCUAGGUAGUGAAAUUAUUAUCUUAGUUGUUUGGGUUUAGAUUUAUGUAUAUGCACUUACUGCAUAUGUCUCCUUGUUUAUCACCACUACCCGCUUAUAUAACAGCUCUUUCUGCAAUUCAUCUUUCUCA